GUGUCAUGUGAGCGGGCCGGGCGGGGGAAGGCUGUCGACGUGCCCCGGCGGAGACUGCGGCGGGGAUGGGGGUCCCGGCGGUUGUGGCGGUCCUGGCUGUGCUGUUGGCGCUGCCCGCCCGCGGGCUGGAAAACGGGCUGGCGCGCACCCCGCCUAUGGGCUGGCUGGCCUGGGAGCGGUUCCGCUGCAACGUGAACUGCCGGGAGGAGCCUCGCCAGUGCAUCAGUGAGAUGCUCUUCAUGGAGAUGGCGGACCGGCUAGCAGAGGAUGGCUGGCGGGAGCUGGGCUACAAGUACGUCAAUAUCGAUGACUGCUGGGCCGCCAAGCAGCGUGAUGCUGAGGGGCGGCUGGUGCCUGACCCCGAGAGGUUCCCCCGGGGCAUUAAGGCCUUGGCUGACUAUGUCCAUGCUCGAGGCUUGAAGCUGGGCAUUUACGGUGACCUGGGCACACUCACCUGCGGGGGAUACCCGGGCACUACACUGGACCAUAUUGGGCAGGAUGCAAGGACCUUUGCUGAGUGGGGCGUGGACAUGCUGAAGCUGGAUGGGUGCUACUCAUCAGGGAAGGAGCAGGCACAGGGCUACCCAGAAAUGGCAAGGGCCUUGAACGCCACUGGCCGCCCCAUCAUCUACUCCUGCAGCUGGCCAGCCUACCAGGGAGGGCUGCCUCCCAAGGUGAACUACACCCUCUUGGGGGAGAUCUGCAACCUGUGGCGGAACUACGAUGACAUCCAGGACUCAUGGGACAGUGUGCUUUCCAUUGUGGACUGGUUCUUCACAAACCAGGAUGUGUUGCAGCUGGCGGCUGGCCCUGGCCACUGGAAUGACCCAGACAUGCUCAUCAUUGGAAACUUCGGUCUCAGCUACGAGCAGUCACGCUCCCAAAUGGCCUUGUGGACUAUCAUGGCAGCUCCACUCCUCAUGUCCACUGACCUGCGCACUAUCUCGCCAAGUUCCAAGGAGAUCUUGCAGAACCGCCUGAUGAUCCAGAUAAACCAGGACCCCCUGGGAAUCCAGGGGCGCAGGAUCAUCAAGGAGAAAUCUCACAUUGAGGUGUUCCUGCGCCCGCUGUCUCAGGCCGCGAGUGCCCUAGUCUUCUUCAGCCGGAGGACAGACAUGCCCUUCCACUACACCACCAGUCUGGCCAAGCUUGGCUUCCCCGAGGGAGCUGUGUAUGAGGUACAAGAUGUGUACAGUGGAAAGAUCAUUGGUGGUCUGAAGACAGGAGACAACUUCACAGUGAUCAUCAACCCCUCAGGGGUAGUGAUGUGGUACCUGUGUCCCAAAGCACGGCUCAUCCAGCAGCAGGCCCCAGGGGGGGCCUUCCGCCUGCCCCUUCUGUGAGGCCCACGGCCACUGGGAGCCCCAGGACAUCUCACUGCUGCUCGAGUGCCUUAUUCUGGUGUGGCUGGGGGAAGACAUGCAGUUUGCUCCUCUGGCACCACCUGAUGAUUUCUACUCAUUCCACAUGUUCUUGUUACUCCCUCCUGAGGGCAUGCAAAGCACUCUGAGGUCCUCCUGUGGAAGAGGAGUGUCCCCAGUGACCAUCCUUCAGGACCAGAUGUGGUCGCCUUUUUUCCCUUGCUUGGCUUAGGACAAAGGGCUGUCCACAGGGCUGCACCCCUCUUCCCAGGCACCAUCCCCAGACCAGGAGCUCCUGGGGCCAGGUUGUCUGUCUGGCAGCAGGAUCAGCAGGCAAUACCACUACAGCAUAGUCUGCAUGCUAUGAAAAAGAAACCUAAACAAAAUGUGUGCCAGCACUGUAUGGAACUUGCUCUGAUUACAGCAGAGCAAAACGUGAGUUGUCCACGCACAAUCCCAGUAGCCUCACUGUGGUGUUAGCAUGAAGAAUUGCAGAGCCAUAGUGCAUCAUGCACAAGUGGUGUCUGGAAGAUACUGCUGCUUGUUUUUGGUGGUCUUAAGCUGGGAGAUGCUUGUGGGUGCUGGCCAAGUUGCAUCUCAGUCUUGUGAGGCUGAACCCUCCAGCAUUUCUCAGGGAAAGGCUCCUCCUUUGAAAGGCAGCCUGCGCAAA